AGUUAUCUAUGCUAAAUGUGUUGAAGAGCGGGUUUCUGAUUACAGGCUACUCAUAGAAACCCUCACUAUCAAUUUUAUCAGUUGUCGUCCAGUAAUCGCUGCGGCAAUCACUUUAAAACUCAACUAAUUUCGCCCGCGGUGGCACUCUUGAAUAGACCGCGAAUUCGGCCGGAACUAUUAACUGGCAUGGAAAUCAUUAUAAAUUUGUUUCACAAAGUUGCCCCCGUAUUUCUGGCCCAUGGAAUUGUGGGCAUUAUCGCCUUCUGUGUGAGGCUGUAUAUGCAGGGGGGAAAGUUCAGGAAGCAGACCGAUGAGACGGGAAAGGUCGCCAUCGUCACUGGCGGAAACACGGGUCUUGGCAGGGAAACGGUUUUGGAGUUGGCCAGACGAGGAGCCACCGUUUACAUGGCCUGCCGGGAUAAAGAAAAAGGUGAACGAGCACGGCAGGAAAUCGUUAAGAAGACUGGAAACUCGAAAGUUUUCUCCCGGGAAUGCGACCUGUCCUCUAUGGAUUCCAUUCGGAAGUUUGUGGAAGACUUCAAGAAAGAGCAGAGGGAGCUGCAUAUCUUGAUUAACAAUGCCGGUGUAUUUUGGGAACCACGUAGACUGACGAAGGAGGGAUUCGAAAUGCAUCUGGGAGUAAACCAUAUUGGCCACUUUCUGAUGACCAACCUUUUGCUGGAUGUGCUGAAGAGGUCGGCUCCCAGCCGGGUGGUAGUAGUGGCCAGCAAGGCUCAUGAACGGGGUCAGAUUUACGUGGAUGACAUCAACGGCAAGGAAUUCUACGACGAGGGAGUUGCCUACUGCCAAAGUAAGCUGGCCAACAUACUAUUUACUCGUGAAUUGGCCAAGAGGCUGGAGGGAACGGGUGUCACGGUCAACGCCCUUAAUCCUGGCCUAGCUGACACUGAAAUAGCACGGAAUAUGAUCUUCUUCCAAACCAAGUUUGCUCAGUAUGUAGUAGAAACAAUCCUGAAACCGCUUCUAUGGUCAGCGAUGAAAAGCCCCAAGAACGGGUCGCAGACGACAUUAUAUGCCGCGUUGGAUCCCGAUCUCGAAAAGAUAUCAGGGCAAUACUUCAGCGAUUGCAAAUUAGCACCUGUAGCCCCCGCUGCCCUGGACGACGAGAUGGCCAAGUGGUUGUGGGCCCAGUCCGAAAAGUGGGCAGGAAUUUCACUCUAAGUUGGCUGGUACGGGUUAUGUUGUUUAGCUAGUCGCUAUUUUAGCCAAAUGAAUUGGCAUUGAAUGCCAUUGAUAUUUAUAAAAAAAUUUAAUGCAGGUAACAAUAUUUUACGGAAUAAAAGUUUUCAAGAUA